GCUUCUUGUAUGUAUAGUAUGCAGUGUUUUAAUAUGAACAUAAGGUUGAACAACAACAACAACAACAACAAAAACAACAACAACAACAACAACAACAACAACAACAACAACAACAACAACAACAACAACAACAACAACAACAACAACAACAACAACAACAACAACAACAACAACAACAACAACAACAACAACAACAACAACAACAACAACAACAACAACAACAACAACAACAACAACAACAACAACAACAACAACAACAACAACAACAACAACAACAGAACACUUAUUUUGCAUAAACCCCGUUGUCCUGAAUGCCCUCAUUCAGCAAGGAUGGAAUUUGGGUGGUAGGUUGGUGUUGCAGAAAAUAGUAUUUUG